AUGCAGCAGGCGUGGCAGGCGCAGGCGUCGCAGGCGGCACAAGGGUGGCAGCAGGCCCAGCAGUGGCAGGUGCAGCCCGGCCCGAGCGGCAGCUGGCCGCAGCAGCAGCAGCAGCAGCCCCCGGCCCGCCGAGAGCACCAGCAGCGCGAGCCGAAGAAGAGGGCGCAGAGGAAGAGGCAGAAGUUCGCGGGGGUCGGGAGCGAGCAGGAGCUGGCGCAGGCGCUCUUCGAGGAGCGUUCCGAGCAGCUGCUGUCGAGGACGCUCGAGCCCCUGCGGGAGGCCAUUAUCGACGUGCCCAGGAGCUGCAUCGCGAAGGUGAUCGGGAAGGGCGGCCAGCAGAUCUGCAUCAUCCGCAGGGGCAGCGGGGCGCAGGUCGACGCCCGGCAGCAGCACUCGGACCCCUGCCCCGUGAGGGUGUUCGGCUCGGCGCAGGCCAUCGAGAAGGCUCGGGACAUGAUCUGGGACCUGGUCGAGCUGGCCAACCUGCGCAGCGGGACGGUGCUGUACAUCACCAGGGCCAAGAUAGGCAAGGUCAUCGGCAUCCGCGGCGCGCAGAUCAAGGAGAUCCAGGCGACCACGGGGGCGAAGGUGGACGUGGACAAGGACGUCGACCCCUGCAAGGUCAUCAUCGGGGGCGACCCCGACAAGGUCGAGCACGCGAAGAGGCUGGUGCUGACCCUGGCCAUGGAGACCGCGGACGGGGAGUCCGAGUACCUGGACCUGCCGAAGAACGCCACGGGCGCCGUGCUGGGCAUCGGCGGCCAGAGGCUGCGGGAGCUCCAGCUGAGCAGCGGCGCGCGCAUCGACGUCGACAAGACGCAGCCGUCAGUCUGCCGCGUCCGCAUCGCUGGGACACCUGAGCAGAUCGAGACGGCGAAGCAGCUCGUGAUGCUCGCCGUGGAGACGCCCCGGCCGGUGGAGGCGCUGGUGGCGCCGCACCUCGAGGCCAGCCGUCGGCGACCACGGCGGGACGACCCGAACGCGCCGCCGACUGCCAUCUGCACGGUGCCCAUCCCGGCGGGGGCGUCGGCCGCUAGGCUGAUAGGCAGGGGCGGCGCCAUGAUCCAGGCGCUGCAGGGCCAGACCGGCACGCGCAUCUGGGUGGAUGUCGAGGCCUCUGAGGUGCGCAUAUCUGGCCCGCAGGAGGGCGUGGAGGUCGCCCGCGACCUGGUGCAGGAGCUCCUCUCGGGCAACACGCCCGCGGCGCUGAUGCCGCAG